UCUCGUUCAACUAUGCAGUGGACAUGUAUAACCCGUGGGCCAGUAGACGUGGGAUCAGUCGUAUGGAGUACGUCCCACCCAACAGCACCCGGGUUGGACGGGAGUUCUCCAUUCAGCAGAGCGCCAGGAUGAGGGAAACACCGACUUAUCCAACCAUGAACGGGACCAUGGAGUGGGACCCAUAUGUUACCUUUGGCAGUGGUGGCUCCCAGAGACUAGGGGGGACAGGACAGAGUAUGGAAUGGGACAUGUUUGUGGGGGAUUUCCGUAACGUGAGCCUGUUGGAUUCCAUCCGGACAGACCAGUAUUCCUACAACCUGCGGCAGUCCCAACCCUUCCCCGGCCAGCUACAUCCCUACCAGUAUCACCAGGAGUUCUGAGAUCAAAGCUGCCUCCGCCCCUGAGGAGUUGCCAAAAAAAUACCAACAA